GAAAAAAAAAAAGGAGCAUUGAAAGCGAGAAAGAGGGCGGUGGGAUCUAUCGCGAUUCCCCCUUGUUUCCCACUAUUAAUUAAAAAUACAGAGAAGAGGGGAGAAGAUAAACCAACUAGCCAACCCUGGCGGCGAGAUCUCGCGAUAUUCUAACCUCAAGAUCUGCAGAGCUGCGUGAGAGCCUGAGAGUGGGGAUGAGUAAUAAUGGGAGGAAAAGGAAACGCAGCGGGCGAUAAAAUCGAAGCAACAACAACCUGAGGAGAAAUUACAUACUUCUCGAAGCUCCUCGGAUCCUUUCCAGCUUUCCUCUCAAUUUAAAAUCUCAAAUCUCGUUUCCGUAUUUUGGGUGCCUACUUGGGACGGUAACUACCCAUCAUGGUUCGAGAGAAAGAUGUAUGCUGGGAAUACUGUGAAAAGUUAGAAGGAAACAAAGUGAGAUGCAAAUUUUGUAAUAAAGUUUUGAAUGGUGGCAUCAGUAGGUUGAAGUUCCAUCUAUCUCGGCUGCCCAGCAAAGGUGUCCAUCCCUGUAGCAAGGUUAGAGAUGAAGUUACUGAUAGAGUGAAAGCUAUUAUUGCGAUGAAAGAGGAGGGCAAGGAAGCUGCCAGUGCUAAGAAACAACGGUUAGCUGAAGUCAAGUCUCCUCAUGUAUUGAUUCCCAGCACCAAAAUGCUUAUCCCAGUAGAGGCUUCACCACCGCUAGUGAAAUUAUUUCCUCCUACUACAUCAAGGCCGCAGUCUUCUUUCGAUGCGGAGAGAUUUGUAGCUGAGUUCUUUUUUGAGAACAAGUUAGACUUCAGUGUUGCCCACUCUUCCUCAUAUCAACUCAUGCUGGAGGCAUUCGGUGGCCUUGAGUUCAAAGGUCCAUCACCGGAAGCUUUGAGGACUACUUGGCUGCAGAAGCUUAAAUCAGAAAUCACGUUGCAAAUGAAAGAGAUAGAGAAGGAUUGGGUAUCUACUGGAUGCACCGUCAUAGCUGAUACAUGGACGGAUAAUAAAUCAAGGGCAAUAAUGAAUUUCUAUGUUUCAUCUCCUCUGGGGACAUUUUUCCAUAAAUCUGUAGAUGCCUCUACAUAUUUCAAAAACACCAAAUGCCUUUGUGAUUUGUUUGAUUCUGUAAUUCAGGAUUUUGGGCCGGAAAAUGUUGUUCAAGUCAUCACAAACAAUGCUCUCAACUAUGAUAGCGUGGGAAAUCAUAUCAUGCAGAAUUAUGGCACCAUCUAUUGGUCUCAAUGUGCUUCUAAUUGUCUAAACCAGAUAUUGGAAGAUUUCUCCAAGGUCGACUGGGUGAACCGAUGUAUCUUACAAGCGCAGAAUAUUACAAGGUUCAUCUACAACCACGGUUGGGUCGUAGAACUGAUGAGAAAAUUCACUGCAGGUCAGGAGAUUGUACGGACUGGUAUCACAAAAUCUACCUCCAGUUUUCUCUCCUUGCAAUCAAUGCUGAAACAUAGAUCAAGGCUAAAGCACAUGUUUAAUAGUCCAGAAUACUCAUCCUCUCCUUAUGCUAAUAGACCACAUAGUUUGUCAUCCAUUGACAUUCUCGAAGACAAUGAGUUCUGGGGUGCAGUUGAAGAGAUUGCAGCUGUUUCUGAACCACUGUUGAAGGUAUUGAGAGAUGUUUCUGGAGGAAAACCUGCUGUAGGAUCUAUAUAUGAGUCUAUGACCAAGGUAAAAGACUCUAUUAGGACUUACUACAUAAUGGAUGAAGUCAAGUGCAAAACAUUUCUAGAUAUAGUGGACCGAAGGUGGCAGCAUCAACUCCAUUCACGUCUUCAUGCAGCAGCAGCCUAUCUAAACCCUAGCAUUCAAUAUAAUCCUGAAGUAAAAUUUCUUGGAAUCAUUAAAGAGGAUUUCCUCCAUGUCGUGGAUAAACUUCUUGUUCAGCCAGAACUGAGGCAUGAUAUCACGACACAGAUAUAUGUAUUCAAGAAGGCACAGGGGAUGUUUGGCUCUAACCUAGCUAGGGAAGCACGCAACACAACCUCUCCCGGAAUGUGGUGGGAACAAUACGGAGAUUCAGCUCCAGGGUUGCAACGCGUUGCUGUUCGAAUAUUGAGUCAGGUCUGCAGUGCUGCCACCUUUGAGAGAAACUGGAGCUCUAUUCAGCAGAUGCAUUCAGAAAAGCGUAAUAGGCUGGAUAAAGAGACUUUGAGUGACCUUCUUUAUGUGCACUACAAUCUAAAGCUAAGGGCGAAGCAGAAGAAUGCUGAGGUAGAUCCUAUCGUACUCGAUGAAAUAGACAUGACAUCCGAUUGGGUGGAAGAAGCGGAGAACCCAAAUCCGGCCCAGUGGCUUGAUAGGUUUAGUUCUGCAUUAGAUGGUGGGGAUCUGAAUACUAGACAGUUCAACACUUCUAUUUUCAGUUCCAAUGACCAUAUAUUUGGUUUGUGAUGAUAUCUCUUAGUUGUUGAGAUAAGCAAAAUCACGAUCUUGAUGUUUCUCUUUCUUGAUCUUGGGAAUUCUAUGGAUUACUGCAGUAAGUAAUGGAGCAUCCCAUUGUAAUACUUGUAAGCCUUCCGAAUGUUAUGUACAGGGUUUGUUAAAGUUAAAUAAAUCAAGGUGAUGUUAUUAUUUGCUGAAA